ACGUCAACUGUUGCGAACUAAGAAGGUUACCUUGUGAAGUGUUGUGUAAAAAUGCACGCUGUGAAGAGAUUUUAUGGGAUAUCCUGGCGUAGGUCAAUUCUCCACGAACUACGCAGGAUGAGUUCGACAUCUGAAAAUCCUGUUGUUGAUCUCCCAGGCUUGGGAAGCCUUCGUGGUUCAACAACAACAGGAGCUUGGACUGGGAGGAAAAUUUAUCAGUUUUUGGGUGUAAAGUACGCCGAAGCACCAAUUGGAGAGCGAAGAUUUAAGGCUCCAGUUCCAAUAGCACCGUGGGAAGGUAUUAAGGAUGCAACAAAAUACGGAACACCACCUCCAUCGUACAAUAACAUUCUAGCCCUGCCUCAAGACAAGGUUACAUCUGACUUAGAAGACUGUAUUAAUCUAUGUGUCUAUACAACUGAUCUCACUGCUUCGAAACCCGUCAUGGUAUACAUUCAUGGUGGAGGUUUCUUUACGGGAUCUGCAGCUCAGCAUCCACCAAAUUAUCUCCUUGAAAAGGAUAUUGUUUUGGUUGUACCCCAGUACCGUCUUGGUCCACUUGGUUUCCUCUCAACCAUGUCAGACGCAAUUCCUGGUAAUGCUGGAGCAUUGGAUGUUAUUCUAGCCUUAGAAUGGGUUCAGAAGUACAUUCAACACUUUGGUGGAGAUCCAAAGCAAGUUACUGCUUUUUCACAGUCUGCUGGGGCGACGCUUCUCUCAGUUCUUACAUUUAGUGAUCUAGUUAGGGAGGAGCUUUUCUCUAAGGCUAUCCUUGCAUCGAGCGCAUCCUUCGCAACAUGGUGCUAUGAUUUGAAUUGCGUUUCAAAUGCACGUGAUAUUGCAAGGAGGAGUGGUUGCUCAAAGGAUGCCCCAAUUGAGAAGGUAAACGAUUUCCUGAUGCAGGCAGAUCCAAAGACUCUUGUGGCUUCUUUUAUGUCACACAUGGCAGCAGGUACGCCAAAUGGGAUUAAUACAAUUGGAGGGCAUCGUAUUACCAUCGGAGGACCAUCGAAUCUCAUAGCUGACACCACAUUCAAGUUGAUGCGCAAAGGGAAAGGACGACGAAACCUUCCACUACUAGCUGGCAUCGCUAAGCACGAUGCUACCUUCCUCAUGACUGGCUUGUGUGACAUAUUUAUGCACACAGUUGGCUAUGAGAAUAGGAAUUUCAAUAAAUACCAACUUGUUGACUCAAUAUGCAAGAUUCUGGGUUCUGAUGAGCAAACUGGAGCACUUUCGGCGCUAGCAACUAUGGCUCUCCUUGAUAUUGAUGCAAGGAAGAAAGGAGACUUUUACGCCAUGGUUGAUGGCUUGUUUGAUCUUAGUGGAAUUUUAGUCAUCAAAGGACCUGUUCUGCGAGAAGUUCAGUACCAUUUGAGUCGCAACAAAACACCUACAUACCUUUAUGCUUUUGACUACGAAGGUGAGCACACGAGAUACGGAUACGGAGAAGAUACGUCCAAGUAUCCUUUCGACGGAGGUGUUGCGCACUCAGAUGAUAACAUUUACCUCUUCCCAUGGCCCAAGGAGGUAGCAAAGCUCAAUGAGGAAGAUACGAAAAUUGCAAAGAAAAUGGUUGAUCUGUGGACGUCUUUUGCCAUCACAGGUGUCCCAACAUCACCAGAUGUUCCCAACUGGCCUGCAAUGGAGAACAUUGCUGGUCCUUACCUCCACAUAGAUAAGACCUGCUCAGUCAGCGACAAUUUCUACGAUGAAUUCAAGGUUGUUGCGAAGGAGAAGAGAAAUCUUAAGAGGAACAAACAUCUUUUACUUGACUCUUGAAUGAAAGCUCGAGGAUCUUAUGCGACUUCUUGGAUAAAGCUGAAUCAAUUUGCGCCUGACUACAGAAUUUAAUCUUCUGCGGAAUGUUUUGUAAAGACUUCAAUUUAUAUGAGAAAAAUUCUGACUGCAGCAUAGAGUUGAUUGUAAGAGCAGAAAAAAUGGAAUGACAAUAAAACAGAUUUUAAAUUCUUAAAAAAAUGAAAGACAAAAAGAAAAAAAAAUACUCUGCGUUGAUACCACUGCU